GACGAGGCCAGAGUUGGGCGCGCCGCGGAGUUGCGCCCGCGCCCGGGGCCCCGCGUCCCCGCGCCCCGCGAACUCCGGCGGCGGCUGAGGCGACGGCUGCGCGGCCCGAGCAGCAUGCCGAGGAGGAAGCAGCAGGCCCCCCGGCGCUCGGCAGCUUACGUUCCUGAGGAAGAACUGAAGGCAGCAGAAAUAGAUGAAGAAAACGUGGAGGAGGAUGGGCUGCCUUUGGAUGUUCAGGAAGGCGACUUCGUGUGCAAUGAGGAAGCGGAGCUCAAGGAGGCCCAGAGCUACCAGAACUCCCCCAUCAGCACCGCGACUAAUCAGGACGCCGGCUACGGGUCGCCGUUCAGCGAAAACAGCGACCCGCCAGCCCAUUUCAAGAGCUCUUCCUCCAAGGAAGAGAAAGAGGAGCCCCAGGGCCGGGAGGGCGUCUGCUACCCCCAGGACAGCUUGGCCCAGAUCAAGGCCGUGUAUGCAAACCUGUUCUCGGAGUCCUGCUGGUCCAGCUUGGCUCUGGAUUUGAAGAAGUCCGGUUCGACCACCAGCAACAGCGAUGCCGGCCAGAAGGAGGGCUCCACCCCCGCCCCCAUGCCCCCCACCAGUACCGCGGGGGCCACCGGGACCACGGCGAGCACGCCCAGCUCGGGCUCCAGCUCCGGCACCAGCACCAGCACCAGCGCCAGCGGCGGCCCCGGCUAUGACUGGCACCAGGCCGCCCUGGCCAAGACGCUGCAGCAGACGUCCUCGUACGGGCUGCUGCCCGAGCCCAGCCUCUUCAGCACCGUGCAGCUCUACCGGCAGAACAACAAGCUGUACGGCUCCGUGUUCACGGGCGCCAGCAAGUUCCGCUGCAAAGACUGCAGCGCCGCGUACGACACGCUGGUGGAGCUGACGGUGCACAUGAACGAGACGGGGCACUACCGCGACGACAACAGAGACAAGGACUCCGAGAAGACCAAGCGGUGGUCCAAGCCCAGGAAGCGCUCCCUGAUGGAGAUGGAGGGGAAGGAGGACGCCCAGAAGGUGCUCAAGUGCAUGUACUGCGGCCACUCCUUUGAGUCUCUGCAGGACCUGAGCGUGCACAUGAUCAAGACAAAGCAUUACCAGAAAGUGCCUCUCAAGGAGCCGGUGCCGGCCAUCACCAAGCUGGUCCCUUCCACCAAAAAGCGGGCGCUGCAGGACUUGGCGUCCCCCUGCUCCCCCGAACCGGCGGGCAUCGCGGCCGAAGCGGCGCUGGGCGAGUCGGCCAAGGACCAGAAGUCGGCCAACCCGUACGUGACGCCCAACAACCGCUACGGCUACCAGAACGGGGCCAGCUACACCUGGCAGUUCGAGGCCCGCAAGGCCCAGAUCCUCAAGUGCAUGGAAUGCGGCAGCUCCCACGACACCCUGCAGCAGCUCACCGCCCACAUGAUGGUCACCGGCCACUUCUUGAAAGUGACCACCUCUGCCUCCAAGAAAGGGAAGCAGCUGGUGCUGGACCCCAUGGUGGAGGAGAAGAUCCAGUCCAUUCCUCUGCCCCCCACCACGCACACGCGGCUGCCCGCCGCCCACGUCAAAAAGCAGCCCGACUCUCCCUCGGGGUCCGCGGCCCCGGAGGAGAAGAAGGAGCCCGAGAAGGAGAAGGCGCCGCCGGCGGUGGCUGGGGACGCAGACAAGCAGAUCAAGGAGGAGGGUGAGGAAACCUCCGACAAGUUCGAGCCCACCGCCCUCUACCAGUACCUCCGCGAGGAGGACCUGGACGACAGCCCCAGGGGCGGGGUGGACAUCCUGAAGUCCCUGGAGAACACGGUCUCCACGGCCAUCAGCAAAGCCCAGAACGGCGCGCCCUCGUGGGGCGGCUACCCCAGCAUCCACGCCGCCUACCAGCUGCCGGGCACCGUGAAGCCGCCGCCGCCCGUGCAGAGCGUGCCGAUGCAGCCGUCCUACGCCGGCAGCGUGAAGCCGCUGUCCUCGGAGCACAGCGCGCUCCUGCACUCCCCGGGGGGCCUCACGCCGCCGCCCCACAAGAGCAACGUGUCGGCCAUGGAGGAGCUGGUGGAGAAGGUCACGGGCAAGGUCAGCGUGAAGAAGGAGGAGAGGCCGGCGGAGAAGGACAAGGGCUCGCCGGCCAAGGCCGCGUCCCCCGCGGCCAAGGAGAAUAAAGACUUCCCCAGGGCCGAGGACCUUGGCGGCGGCGGCAAGCCCCAGCAGCAGAAGAAGGGCCCCGAAGCCGAUGCGGGGAAGACCAAGAAGGAGGGUGCGGUGGACGCCCACACCCCGAACGGCACGGAGCCCCUCAAGGCCAAAGUCACCAACGGCUGUAACAACCUGGGCAUCAUCACGGACCACUCGCCCGAGCCCUCCUUCAUCAACCCGCUGAGCGCCCUGCAGUCCAUCAUGAACACCCACCUGGGCAAAGUGUCCAGGCCCGUGAGCCCCUCGCUGGACCCGCUGGCCAUGCUCUACAAGAUCAGCACCAGCAUGCUGGACAAGCCGGCCUUCCCCGCCCCGCCCGCCAAGCCGCCCGGCGCCCUGGACCGCUACUACUACGAGGGCAGCGACCAGCCCAUCGACCUGACCAAGUCCAAGAGCAAGCCCCUGGCCCCUGGCGCCGCCGACAGCGUGUCCUCGCCGCUGCGGGAGAGCGCGCUCAUGGACAUCUCGGACAUGGUGAAGAACCUCACGGGCCGGCUGACCCCCAAGUCCUCCACGCCCUCCACCGUGUCGGAGAAGUCGGACGCCGACGGCAGCAGCUUCGAGGAGGCGGUGGACGAGCUGUCUCCCGUUCACAAGAGGAAGGGGCGGCAGUCCAACUGGAACCCGCAGCACCUGCUUAUCCUGCAGGCCCAGUUCGCCUCGAGCCUGCGGGAGACCCCGGAGGGUAAGUACAUCAUGUCGGACCUGGGCCCUCAGGAGCGGGUACACAUCUCCAAGUUCACCGGGCUCUCCAUGACCACCAUCAGCCACUGGCUGGCCAACGUCAAGUACCAGUUGCGGAGGACAGGGGGGACCAAGUUCCUGAAGAACCUGGACACAGGGCAUCCUGUUUUCUUUUGCAACGAUUGUGCCUCUCAGUUCAGAACUGCUUCCACGUACAUCAAUCAUCUAGAGACACACUUAGGCUUCAGCUUGAAGGAUCUCUCCAAGCUGCCACUAAAUCAGAUUCAAGAACAGCAGAACGUUUCCAAAGUCCUGGCGAACAAAGCGUUGGGCCCGGUGGGAGCCGCCGAGGACGAUCUGGGCUCCACAUUCCAGUGCAAGCUCUGCAACCGGACUUUCGCGAGCAAGCACGCAGUCAAACUGCACCUUAGUAAGACCCACGGCAAGUCUCCCGAGGACCACCUGAUCUACGUGACGGAGCUGGAGAAACAGUAGCCCUGGGUCCGCGCGGGCCCGGGGCACAUUGCACUAAACGUCGUCAUACUGCACUAGGCCUGGCCUGAGCCUCCAAAAUCAGCCUGCCCUUUUGUUGCUGACUGCCUGUCUGGACCUUGGUUUUUCUUACACAUAUUUUGUAGUUAUAUUUAUAUGCUCUUCGUCCGAUUGUGCAUGUUCCUUUUCUUUUUCCGUGAGUCAAAGUCUGACCUUUAUUUUCAACAUCUGUUCUCGAUGUUCAGCUCUCUUUUGUAGGAAAUAGUGGGGCACACUACUCGGAGACAUUUAUUUAGCAGGAAAGAAAGACACAAAUAACAAUGAGAAAAGACGUCCUAAAAUUACAAAGUUGCCAUGACGAUAAAGGUCAUAGAACGUCCUAGUGUCAAAUUUAACCCUUUGAGGACUGUAAUCGCAUUUCUGUGCCUUUCACUCAAAAAAAAAAAAAAAAAAGAAAAAAGAAAAAAAAAAGGCUUAAAGGCAUUUCAUUCAGAUCAAAAGCUGUGUCAGACACAAAACUUAUUUAAUAAUUAAAAAACGAGCUUUUAUAUGCAGAACUGGUUUGUGAAGGAAGCAUGCAUGCGGCUGUUGGAAAAUAGAAAGUUGUCUAGGACUUGGGGUUAGGAAGCCACAACUUCACAUGUUUAAAACAACAACAAAAAAACAAAACAAAAACUAACAGCAGCGACAGCAAACACCCCAGUUGCCACUAUGCCCAAACCCUCUGGAUGCUGAAAAAAAUGCCACUUUUGGCAAAAAAAAAAAAAGUAUGCAAGCUAUUAUUUAAAAAUGUGUAAAAAUGCUAUUUCUUUUUUCUGUAAAAUACUGCAGUUUAUAGUUAUUUACAAAUGUAAGCUUUGGUACAAGCUGACCUUUCUAUAAGCGUGCUGCAUCGGUAAAUGAAAAAAAAAAAAAUGGGGCAAAUGUUGGAGUCCUUUCCUUGUAAAUUGCCAGCAUCAGCUUAAAAACUCCUAUAUGUUACAUAUCGUACCAUUUUAAUCUAUUCAACUUUCUUUGUACCUUCUGGCUGUAUGCUUUCUCUUUUAACUUUUUAUAUUGUCAUUUUAUAUUAAAUUUCUGUGUAUAUAAUGUACAACCACAAUUUUUGAAUAAAAUUUAGUUCCUGCAGCUUGAUUUAAAUAGAGAAAUUUUACUGGCACCUGCAUCUUUCCAGAUGCAUGUAUAUCAGACAAAAAUAAAUAAAUGAAAACAAAGCAAGCAAUGCACUAUUAAUUAUACAUUUUGAUGUUCUAUCAUUAAUAUUGUACAGUACAUUUCGGUUCACACAAUUAAAUCCACUGUUUUCUCGAAUGUAAAAUAAACCCACAUGCAGUUCUUGAUUUA